AUGGUGCUCAGCGAGGACAGCUUUGAGAGAGACUUACUACGCUACAAUGAGUUGCUCAAACGCUCUGAGGAGUUGGAGAAAGACAUGCCUUCAAGACGAACUGUAAGAGAGAAGAGAGAGCCUCCACAGGUAAAGAAGAGGGUUGCCAAGGUGAAGAAGCCACUGAAAGCGCCAACGAGGAAAAAUCCCACGAGAAAAACUCGAACUCAAGGUGAGAAAGUUUCCAAGAAGGAGCCCGAGGAGCUGCCUCGACUAAAGCUCCCCAAACCAGCAUACAUGACAACGCCCCUGGUAACCGCCCCUUUGAAGAAGGAGAUGAACCGCUCAUGGCUACGGAUGAAGGCAAAGUCAUUUGAGGAUAUUGUUGUCGUCAAUCUGACCUACAGCGACUUGAUCAGGUCUGUGACGAAUGCUGGAGACGGUACCAUUGACUUUGGGAUGAGGCAUGGGCUUGUGCCGAAAAAUCUUGAGUACGAGAAGAAGCGGUUUGAGUUUGAUAGCGCCAGUGUGUUUGACUCGAUCUUGAACCGCCGUCCAAGUUUCAGCGACGACAUUGAUCGUUUCUUCCGCCAACUCAGCGCCAACUCCUUUGAGCAGGCCCCCAACGAAGUGCCUCUAGUGUGA